UCACUGUUGCUAAAUAGACGUUGUGUUACUACACUAACGGUUUUCUUUGUGUUUUAUUGUGCUCUUUGUUUGGAUAAUUUUAAUACAUCAUGACUUUUACUGUAUUUGGAGAAGUUGUAGCGAUGGAGAAAUUAGAAAAAAAAUCUGAAACCAUAGGUGAGGUUCUUCAGGAAUGCCUCUGGCAAGCUGUUGAUGAGGAGCGUCUGACCUUUGGUGUCUUCGAGUGCGCUAAACUGCUUCACUGUAAUGCUGAAGAUGUGAUGCUAUGUGUUUUACCCGAAGCUGGUAGUGAAAAUAUUGCUGUUCACAUUCAACACACACUUAUAGAAGCUUUCUGUUGGGAAAACGAUAUACGAAUUCUUAAGGUCAAGAAUGCGCCACAUUUAAGCGAGAGUUUAUCUACAUUUAAAGAUGGCGUCAAAUCCCGCAGUGUUCCAGCAGACGUGAGCUGCAUCUUGGUGCAGUUUCCUAAAGAUCGAUUAAGCUAUCAAGAUGAAAAAAUAUUUGAUUUUUAUGAUGAUAUGAUUUCUGAUGAUAUCUACCCAAAACCAAUCAUCGAAUUACCCGUGUGAAGAUCUAAAGAUCAUUUUGGAACUGAAUUAAAAUGAUGGAUUUCUCCAAAUCCAGUAUCAUCAUAGCGAACGAGAGUCAACAAACUCGUGCUUGGUCAGAAAAAAAACAUGAAUGUACCAAUGAAAGACAAAACCUGAGUGGUGGGCUUGUAAAUCCAGCAACCUAUUGGUUACCAUGGACAUCAUUCGAUUGACAGCUGAUGCAAUCACUCUUAAUAGUAAUAGUAAUAGCCACCACGGCAAUUACGGUCUGCUAAAUGGAAAGAUCCAGAUAAGCUGCUUGGGUAUUUCUUAAUUCGAAAUAGAGAUGAAGUCAGCCUGAUUUUCCGAAGCAACACCUAUGAUGGGUCAACUGUUUCAUCACACCAUAAUAACUAGUUACAACCAUAUCGACAUACUACCAUCUUGUCUUGCGUGACAUCAUCAAUUGAUGUGCUCAUUGUCGUUUUGAUAAUGUGUAUUACGAAACAUUUGAAGCAUUGUUCUUACUAACUCAACCACCAAAGAACAUUGACAGCGAUUAAAGGUUGUGAAACCUACAUCAAACAUUUAAUUGUGCAGGAAUACAACAAUGUAAUGGAACUAUUAAAUAAUUUCUUGGAACCCAGAGACUAAUAGUGUAUCAGUGCUACUGAACUCUUUUAUGUUAUAGUGCUUUACGGAUGCACGUAAACAAUACACAGACCAUUGGUCUGGACGUUAUGGCACCUCGUGAUUCCUACAAUUUCUAUAAUGACGUAGUAUAACUAUCACCAUAUAUGGUACAUAAGUCAUUGUCCUCUGCAGUUGGCAAACUUAAAACUGAUGUAUGCUAGAGUUGACUAUAAAGUAGAGGGGAAAAAUGCUAUAAUAUUUUAAAGACUUCCAAGAAUGUGAAACACAUUUAGGAAUGAGUCAUGUAGGCUCUGUUAUGUAUUAUUCUACUAGGUCACAAAAUCAGCUGUUUUCUGGUACCAUGGCAAGUGGUGCCACUUUCUUAGUCUAACUAGGUCAAAAACAUCAUGACAAAUAUUGUUUAGACAUUCCAAUAGUUUUAUGUCAAGGUUGUUUACUGUUAUAGUAUGGAUAUUUCUUUGGUUGCCAUUAGAAAUAAAAUCAUAUACUUUUAUGCAGAUUUUAAUGAAAAUACGUUUUAAAUAAUGAUUUAGUGUUGUAUUGAAAUGGGAACAAUAUCCAUGAAAUAAUAAUGAACUGUGAUAUUUUCUCAAGCUUAUUUUUGACAUCCAUUUACAUAAUAUAUUUUCAUGUACCUAAAUGCAGUAAAUUGUCCGUCCAUAUUGUUGCCUGUUUCAUAAACGCGGCUAAUAAUUAAAGUGUAUUUUAGGUUUCGUAGAUAUUUUAAGCUAUUAGAGAUAAGUAUACUUGUAUGUAUAUUAAAGAUGGCUGUCUUAGAAAAGAGAUGAAUUUGCGAGAAAAUUCUAUUUGCGUUUCAUAGAUAGUACACCUGUUUAUCAGGAUUGUGCUGCGUAAAUGAUUUAUCUAAUUAUGCGUCUUACUUAUAAAAGGGAUUACAAUAUUAGCUGCUGAUCUUAGAUUAAAAAAGACAAAGCUUAAAGUUAAUUACGUUGGGUUUAUAACUUUCUGCAGCUGCAAGCCAGACUUUGUAUUAUUUGUUGUAUGUAUUCCAACAAUAGGUUAAUUGAUAUCUGAUUAUGGAACAUAAUUAAAUAGUGUGUACGUGAUUUAUUCUAAUGUUAUGAUUUAUUGUUAUUUAUGAAUAAAUUUAGUUUCUAAAUAUAAA